AUGGUCUUGAACAUGUUCUUGAUUCAUCAGACUGCAGCAGCAAAUGAGAUUUUGUCAAUAACACUUGAUCUUCCACCACCAAAGCUUAAGACAAUGAAAUCUUGCCGGUGCCACUCAAGAAGACGAUGCAAUGAUCAACGUCAUUCAAAAGUGUCGCUGCCAGUGAAGUUCUUGAAACAGGUUCACCGACGUUCCAUGCAAGAGAAAAAGCUGAUGCUUCCUUCAUUCACAAGUCAUUUUGGUGAGGAAUUCAGCAGCAGUAAAUUUGCUACACUUAGUUUUCCAAAUGGGUUUUCAACGAGGGUUAGAUUAUCAAAGAUGGAGAAUCAAAAAACUUGCAUGGACAUUACAAAGUUGGUGGAACUUGGUUAUAUAAAUGAAGGGUUCAUUCUUGAAUUCACAUACAAAGGUUUCUCCUUUUUUAAAGUUGUCAUCUUUGAUAAUUCUUCUCAUGCUUGUCUUCAAAUUGAAUAUCCAUGCAAAGUUGAUGAUCAUAGAAACGUUUCUUUGAAAAAGAAAAAUAAGUUUAAGUCUUCGAUUGGUCAAAGAACUAAGAAAGAUGGGGAAAAAGUUGCUGCUUCAUCUGCAGCUCAUGGUGAUUAUAGAUCAUCAGAUGUGAAGGGAAAGCGAAAAAUUGGUGAUGUGAAAAAUUGUAAGGUGGAGGAGGAUUCAGAUGCUAAAAUUGAAACAAUGGGUACCAAGAAAAAGUUGAAAAUGAGUUCUGCUGCUGCAUAUCCAAAUACUGCAAGCAAAAGAAAAUGUCAUAAGGUUUCUUCAGGUUCUGAUCAUCCUAGAAUUAACAAGAGGUUUCUCCCUACAGAUAACCGAAAUAACGAGCAGAAAUACGAGAGAAAAGGGAAAAAGUGCAAGAUAGAAGAGGUGGAAACAGAUUUAGAAAAUUUUGAUAGCAUGAACUUAAAGUUGUCUCCAGAAAGCAAGAGGGCAGUGAAUGCAGCCAGAAAGUACAAGCCAAAAAAUCCUGCUUUUAUGUGUGUGAUAGAACUACGCAAUAUCGGUAGCUUGUACAUACCUGCUGCAUUUUACAACAAGCAUCUGUCAAGUAUUUCCAGAGACUAUCUGACAAUUCAAAUAUCUGAUGGAAAAAAAUGGCUAAGAGAGUGGUUACUUCGAAUAUCAAGGAGCGAUUGUGGAUGGUUGGUUUCAGCAGAAGGGUGGAUUCGCUUUUCGGAAGACAAUGGUUUAAGCUUAGGAGAUGUAUGUGUUUUCGAGCUGAUUGAUUCCAAGAAUUCUGUGUUUGAAGCUUCAGUAUUUCACGCAAGUUUGGAUUCAAGUGAAGUUUCUGAUGAUCACCUAAACAGAAAGAUCAGAAUCAAAAUCACACAGGCAGUCCAAGAACUGAAAAAUAUCAUUUCAAAACUAUAUGAAUGUGAAUCUCAGCAAGCAAAAAAAUUUCUUCAUCAGGCCAUUCCCUUCAGAAUCAACACUGACCAUAAGGAACUAUAA